AUGAUAUUAAUCUUGAUUUUGAAAAACAAGCUUGUACCUAUUGGUAUGUAUCAGUGACAUGAUAACUAGUGGUUAACCCAAAUGAAAGCAACAAACUUUAAACGUCGACUCUCUGUCUUAUUGCAUUUUUCAGUUUUAGGCUCAAAAAGGGUUGGGGUGGGGGGCGGGGGGAACUUUUAAUCUCCGCCCAUCUCUUACCCCUCUGCUGACUCCACCCCCAGAGAAAAACCUAGAGCUUUGGAGCUCUAGGCCCGGUUGUUCGAAACUCCAUUAGCACUAAUCCAUAAUUAGACAUGCUAAUCAGCGAUUAAAAUUUAAUCCAUGCUUAGAUUGCAUUACUCAACAAAGCCUGAUUAGUGCUAAUGGACUGACUCUAAUCAGUGGCUUAAAUUUAAUACACCUCCCGAGGAAGGUUAAUUCCCUACUUGGUCGAUUAAAUUUGAAACAAAAUGGCUGACAUAUUUUUUCAUCUCUCAAAGAUGCCCAUGAAUUUAUCGAUACAACGAUAGUAUACUCACUUAUAGCGAUCAAGCACUUCGGGCUCACUACAGAUUAAAUGGCAAAGAGUAUAUUCAGUAGCAUUCUUCUUUGCACCAGUAAUGCUGUCGGAAAAUUUAGAUCUCAUGAGGUCCAAUUUUUCCUCAACGUUUUCCCGUCAAUAUGGUUAUUUUUGAGUCUGACCAAUUUGUUAUUUUUUUGUGGCUACCUUGAUCUGCUUUCCUUUUUCUGCAGAUGCCAUAUUGGAAAUCUUAGGGAAAGAUUCAUUAUAGGUUGCUAGUCGUCAAUUAGGGAGACAAUAUAAAUAGUUUUACACUGAGUACGAACCGUUAAUCAGCAAUUAACUAAUUGCAGGUCUAAUUGGGCUUUGCACAAUGCUCUCAAUUCCACUGAUUAGCUAAAUCAGGUGUUAGCAAUAAAAUGUAACCCACUAUUAAGCUUAAUUGUGGAUUAGUUUGAUAACGGGGGUUGUGAACAACUGGGUCUUGGGGUAAGACAAUUUUGGUUUGUAGUUUUUGGGGGUUGCUGGGAUUUCUCAUUGUAGUUAUCCCUGGAAGGCCAGGGAUUGUGGAUUACAGUGGAACCUCAAUGGAACCUUUAUAACAAAACUCUAAUGAAGUCCUUGGUAUAACAAAUGACUCUCUUUGGCCCAGUAAUAGUAAAAUGUAUGAAAAAAAGGAAGAAAACCUUGAUUUAAUGAAACCUCGAUAUAGCAAACAAAUUUUGCCAGUCUCUUGGUCCUUGUUGUAUUUAUGUUCCACGUGUAAAUGUGUGCACUCGGUAUCUGUAAUGACACUUUUGCUAUGUUAGAGCUUGGUCACAUAUUGGAUUUUGUUUUGCAGGCAUUAUAACUUUUGAUCAGAAGCAAAUAACCCUGAAGCUUAUAACUCUGUUCCAGUGCUGUUUUUUUUUUGAGAACCAAUUUUGGUUUGUGGUUGCCCCCACCCCCCACCCCUGUAAGGUUUUCUCAUUUUUUUUUCCUAGAUGAUAAAACAUCAGCACCUGAAGUUUUCUGUAGCUGUUCAUUUAUCCUUUAAGCGCAUUUUUAGACAAGUUUAGUGAUGGUCAGUUACUUUGGUUACAAGAUAUUACGUCAUAAGUGGCAGGUGGUCAAGCCAUUUUUGAGUAAAGUUUGUGGAUAAAAUGAUGAAAAGGAAUCAUUUAUGUGUUUUUUUGUGACGUCACAGACCUCCAGCAGCGCCACCACCCACAAAAUAUACCUCAUACUAUAGAGAAGAUCGAAGGUUUUUUUCCACUGAAGGCAAAAUCGUUUCAAAAUACUGCAACAUAUCAAAAACUCAAGGGGGGGUUCCAUUAACCCACCCCCUUUACCACCGUGGGGGUAUGACGUUGAGUGUACAUCCGAGGGUUAAGAGCACUGGACAAAGGCCAGUCAGAAAAACAUAAAAUGUAUCACAAUGUGCACUGAGAUGUGAAAGCACUAAUCGAAAGUCUUUGCAAAAAAAAUUCAUACACGCCAUCGCAUAGUGUAGUGCCCACAAAUGAAUGCACACUCAUUGGCUACUCCCUGUGAAUGUAAAUAUUUUUGUCAGUUGAUUAUCUUAAUGGCUCAGGGAAUGCUAUUAAGUUACAUGUAGGGAUGUAAUUGAAGAAUUGUCAAGGACUAGGAGGAAUCCAUUAUUAGCUACUUCUUAGACAGGGAUACAUGUACCUUCAAUUCUUGAUUCUGAUUCCAUAUUACCUCAUAAUUGGGCAAAAAAAUUUUCUUGCUUCUGAUUAGACAGCUAAAGAACCCAGCAUGGUUCUUAAUAGAUAAUAAGGAGAAUUUAGAUGCUUCAGGGUUAUAUGCUUCUGCUUUGAUUGGGUUGAUUUUUUUUUGGGGGGGGGGGGUGGGGUGGGGUGGGGGAAGUAGCCUCCCACGCAGAGGUUUUUAGGGGAGCUCGUAUUUCAUCCCUCCCCACAAACGCCUGCUCAACUGAGAACAACAUUCCUUUCCCAAAAGGUUGACCUUGACCACAGGGAAACCCGAUAAUUACUCGAUCUGCAUGAAACACUGGGAAAGCUUUAUGACCUCUAAUAGUAAAUAUUAGACUCAGAGUGGCAAAAGUAAGAUUUAGAUUUUAGAAAACUCUGUGCACAGCAUAACCCUAGCAAAGGCAAGAAAAGAAGGAAAAAGGUAACUCAAAGGUCACGUUUUUACACUACCAUGAGCUUAUGAGUCGUGUUUGUUGGUUGGUCACUUACUACACAAAUAAAACAAUGGGAAAGGAAUGUUGUUCUCGGUUGAGCAGGUGUUUGUGGGGAGGGACGAACUGCGAGCUCCCAUACAAACGCUUGCGUGGGAGGCUAGGGAAGAAGGGAUGUUUUGGCAUUUUUAUUUUGACCCCAUUAUGGAUGAGAUGUACUGGGGAAAUUUUCUCUUCUGAAAAUGAAAUGCCCACAUAUGUGGAGCCCUUGAGAAUUAGAGGUUGAAAAUUUUUAUUGCUUCAGUGCUUUAUAAAGGGGUCUGCUUGUGGUGGAAAGCAAAAGAGAUUUUGUGUUUUAUUGCAACAGGAUUAAAGGCAUCAAAAAGUAAAAUCUCCCCUCACAAGCUGAAAACAGACGAGCAUCGUUCUGCAGGACAUGUGGAACUGUUAUCUAAAGGCCCCUCUUCUGACAUCAAGGCAGGAGGUUCUGUUCAUCAGGAUGGCAAACCUGAGACAUCAACAACGACGAUGACAGCAUCAGCAACAACAACAACAGCCAUUAAAAGCAUUUUGAAAAAGUCAGGUGAAGAAAUCACCAAACAGUCAAACCAUAGAGAUUCACCAAGACCCAAACAAGGUAAAAAUACAAGCAUGGCUGACUCAGUGAGAACUGAACAAAGUAAUACAGAGUCAUUUGAUGAUAUGGAACAGCCUGUAGCAUCUCUCACCGAUGAAGAGAAGCAGAUUAUUGGACUCAUGACGCACCCACCCAGUAUAAGCAGUGACUCUGGAUCAGGUAGAAGUCCAGAAACGAAAAAUUCCCUAGUUGCAGAUUCUACAUGUAGUAGCCCUUCAAGUUCAAACAAUUGUAUUUCUGCUCUUACAAACAAAGAGAACAAAGAUGUUGUUGCCUGCAGUGAAAAGGCUAUGAAUGUGAACUUACAUGUAACUGAUACUUCUAACGAUGUACAAAUAAAAGUCGAGAUUUCCAAGGAUACAACAAAUAAAGCGUUAGUUAAGAAAGAGGAAAUGGAAGUUGAAAUGCAUGUGGAUUCAAGCUGUACUCUUAUGGCAGAAAAACAUGAUGUUGCUAUCUCUGGGGAAAAUGCAAAUGCUAAUACUGAGGAAAAAACUGAUAAAAUACCAAAAAGAAGGAAAUCUGUUCCUCUUAAAACAUCCACAACAACAACAACAACAACAACAACAAAGCCUUCAGCUGUACAAUGUCAAGACAAGACACCCCUAUCAGAUGUAGUCAGUAAGAAAAAGAAAUCAUUGCAUUUAACUUGUGUUACAGAUGGUAGUGUAUCUGCUGGUCCAUCAAAGGAUUCUAAAAAAGUUAAGGAAUCAGCAAUUUUGAAAGGGAGUGAAGUGUGUAACAAACAACAACCUAGUACUGCACUGGAUGAAUUUUUAAAGUCUGCAUCGAAAUCAUUUCAGGAAAUUGAAUGUUCUACCAAAAUGUCUCUGAUUGGUAAAGACACGCCAGUGCUAGAAGUGCCCUAUGUUAUACCAAAAAAGAAAAAGCCAGUUGAUGGCAGUGCUAAAACUUUAAAAAGAAAGAUUUCUAUGAAGGACGAUUCUGUGGAAACUUCACCUGCUGCGAAGAAAAAGGUGAUAUCCGAGGCUGAAAUAAAUUUCUUUGGAUCUAAAAAGGCGCAAAAAGGUAGCAAAGCAGAAAGACCAAAGAAAAGUAAAGAAAUGUUAUCUCCAGUUAAAACUGCUAGAGCCGCAAAGGUGGAGACCGGAAGUUUGGAUAAGCGGAAAGACUUAAAACGAAAGUUUUCUAAAGGUGUUACAAUAUUGAUAAGCGAUGACAGUGAUGCUUUGAGUACAGGAAAUGCUGAUUCAAGUUCUGAAGAAGAAAGUCAUCUUAAACAGAUUUGGGAUGAGUAUGAUCCAGAACCCGACUUUGAAUUGGUUGAAGAGUCACCAGUAAAAAGCCAAACGCAAACUAUAACUGAGGUCCAGAGGAAGAAAACUUAUGCAGCAGUUGCAGCAGCGACAGCAUCUGAGGAGAAGCCUUCCAUGGUAGAUACGUUGGGGUUUGGGAAAAAGCAGCGUGUGGCGCAUACAGCUAAUCAUGUAAGUAGCAGGGCUUCUGUUAUGGUGAACAGUAAUGCAAUUUUGCUUAAUUGACCUUGAUCAUUAGACGUUUCUGGGAAACUGCCCACCUACCCCUCCCCUAAGCCAACAUUAACACUUACAGUCGAACGUGUAUUAAGCGGCACUGUAUUGAGCGGUCACCCUCUAUAAAGCGGUCAGUUUUCAAAGUCCCGAAAAUUACUUCCCUUGAAGUACUGUAAUUUCGACGUCUAUUAAGCGCUCGCGGUCACCAUUUGCGAAGUCCCAACGGGACUUUUUCUAUUGUCUUGACUGUAUUAAACGGUCAGACGUUGUCAAUAAGGCCAUUUCCGAGUUCUCCCGGGCCUCUGUUUCAAAACGAGGGUAGGUGUUCAGCCUUUUAUAUGGAAAUCAUUUUUCAUUUUUAUGCAAAUAAAACUUAUUUUUCACAAGAAAGGUUGUGCACCUAGCCUCGUUUUUAAAGUAAGGGUUUUUGGAACUCAGAAGUGGCGUAUUACUUGUUCAUACAGUUUCAAAUACUGUAACCGACGAGGUACAACAAUUGAUUCCCUUGUUUAUUUUCGCAAAUCACUAAAACGCCGGAAAUGAAUGUUUCUAUUUGAAGUCAAACGUCUGAUCUGAUCAGCACUGGAGAUCGAAUUCUUUGAACUGUAUUUCUUGCAACCUGUAUUAGGCGGUCACUCUGUAUUAAGCGGUCACUUAGCCUUUCCCCGAGGGUAACCGCUUAAUACUGGUUCGACUGUACUUGUCACGUAGGGCAAAAUGUUGGCUUAGGGGAGGGGUAGGUGAGCAGAUUCCCGGAAACGUUAAAUGAUCCAUUGACCUUGUAGGUCUGUCUAUAGAGAGGUUAAGCAUCAAGUUUAUGGCAAACGGCAAACGCGAAUUUGUAACACGUGACUAAGUUUCCCCUUUACUUAUCGUUUACUGUUCAUUAUUUCUACAUAUAAAUUAAUAGCUUCACGCAUUUUUUUAAGAAUUGUUUUGAGCUGUUUUUACCUGCUCAUUUUCUAUUUUGAGAAAUUCUCAACUUGAAUCUGACGUUUGCCGUUUACCGUAUACGUGUAGCUUAAACUCCCCUCUAAGAGCCCAGGGCCGGGGUCGGAGAUUUCUCCCAAAGAACCCUACUAAGANCUCGUUUUUAAAGUAAGGGUUUUUGGAACUCAGAAGUGGCGUAUUACUUGUUCAUACAGUUUCAAAUACUGUAACCGACGAGGUACAACAAUUGAUUCCCUUGUUUAUUUUCGCAAAUCACUAAAACGCCGGAAAUGAAUGUUUCUAUUUGAAGUCAAACGUCUGAUCUGAUCAGCACUGGAGAUCGAAUUCUUUGAACUGUAUUUCUUGCAACCUGUAUUAGGCGGUCACUCUGUAUUAAGCGGUCACUUAGCCUUUCCCCGAGGGUAACCGCUUAAUACUGGUUCGACUGUACUUGUCACGUAGGGCAAAAUGUUGGCUUAGGGGAGGGGUAGGUGAGCAGAUUCCCGGAAACGUUAAAUGAUCUAUUGACCUUGUAGGUCUGUCUAUAGAGAGGUUAAGCAUCAAGUUUAUGGCAAACGGCAAACGCGAAUUUGUAACACGUGACUAAGUUUCCCCUUUACUUAUCGUUUACUGUUCAUUAUUUCUACAUAUAAAUUAAUAGCUUCACGCAUUUUUUUAAGAAUUGUUUUGAGCUGUUUUUACCUGCUCAUUUUCUAUUUUGAGAAAUUCUCAACUUGAAUCUGACGUUUGCCGUUUACCGUAUACGUGUAGCUUAAACUCCCCUCUAAGAGCCCAGGGCCGGGGUCGGAGAUUUCUCCCAAAGAACCCUACUAAGAACAAGACCCCUGGCCACCCUCACAGGAAAUCAAAAGGAAAAUGGAACCAGUAUAACUCUCUAGAUGUUCAAUUCCCCAACUGCAGACUUAAAGUAAUGGGGCUCUAGCUGCUGAUCACUGUGUUAGUGGGCGAGAGUUGAUAGCGAUUCGCGUCGUUGGAUCUUAACCCUUUAAACCCUAAGAUCAAAAUUAAAAUUCUCCUUUAUCGCCCCUAUUCAUUUACUACAGAAGUAGUGGGGAGAAGUUGAUAAAAUACCAAACAAACACAUCUUGUGUAAUCACGUCCUUAAUUCUCAUGACGACUCUGUUUUACAAAGCAUUGCUAUUACAAGGAGAAAUUUGAUGCUGAUCACUCUUAGGGUUUAAAGGGUUAAAGUCCCUAAUAUCUUGGUUGUUGAGGUAAGGGGAAAACUAGAUGUAUGAUCUUUCAGGGCCAGGGUGAGAACUGAACAGUACCGCAAAUGAUCCCCAAAACGGACCGCAAGUGAUCCUCGACCUAAAAUGAUCGCGGUACUGUACAGAACCCACAACGAACCUGGACAGGUUUGUUACAAAGAACUGUAAGCGCUUAGUGUAUGAUAUUAGGAAACUUAAGCAACAACGACGUCGAGGUCAACGAGAACGGCAAAAAGGCAAUUGGUUUAGAUUGGCUAAACAACAACUUUGCACGUGCAUCACGCUUUUUUGUACAUUUCUUUACCGUCAGUGCACGACUAUGACGUGAAACUGUCUAAUUUCACGUUUUUCGGUAGUCUCAGGUUACACAGCCGUUUUUAGUGUCGUCACGCAACGCUCCUUGGGAGGAGCGUUGCGUGACGACACUAAACACGGCUGUGUAGCAGACUAGUUUUUUGGAGGACGUGAACACAGUGAGCACAAGACAACGACUUUCUAUUUCUUUUCUUGAAUUUUGAUGCAGUCUUUUAGAAUUCAACUCCAGAAAAUAUUGCCAACAUUUGACGAAUUGAAUGAGAUGGAAUAAGCGCGAUAGAGUUUGAAGCAGCGCGACUUCACUUAUUAAGCCCUGACGUUUUCGUAGCCGUCGCCGUCGUUGUUGCUUAAAGGGGCUGUGUCACGGCAGUCCGGUUUAUUUUGUUUAAUUUUGCCAAUUACUCGCCCUCAAUUGCUAUGGAACUUACAAAGAAAUUACAUGUAAAUCAGAAAAUCGGAGACUCAAGACAAACAAAUAUGUCUCCUGAGCUUUUUUUUUUUUUUUUUUUGAGGUUGCAUACAACAGAGAUACACUUUGAAAAACUGUUAGGCUGAACAGUUUUCAAAAACCCUCAUUUCAAUCCGUUUCAAUCUUCUUCAGUUUUGCCCAUCCGUGGCAUCUGUUGUAUCUGUUGUGUUAUUUUAACCUUCCUUUUAUGUUUUAAGCGGUUAUUUUUACGUUUCUCUUAAUUUAACGGGCAUUUUGUAAUUACCUAAUCAGGCUGAAUUUCGUGACUCAGCUCCUUUAAACUCCUCAUUGUUCAUCACAGCAGUAACCGGUCAUUUCGCCCCAGUUACUUAGUCCCCUAUUUUCGAGUCAUUUAGCGCGCUUCAAAUAUAAUAUUCCUCGUUCUAGAAAAGGAGGCUAAGUAAUAUGCAAUAUGUGUAAAAAUCAAUCAUUCUAUGAUUAUCAUGCUAAGAACAGAGGUGAGGCAAUCAUUUAAAAGAACUAAACCUUAAAAUUUUGACGCACGUUUCUCUAUACAUUGUUAUGUUAGGUUUCACCUUAAUUAAUUUUGUUGAAUUUUUGCCCUGCAGUUACCAAGGAGAUUGUCAUCUAAUGCUAAUCCAAUCCGAAGGUACCCCAAGACAAUAUCAGCAAUGCAGAAGAAAGAUCAGCCGGCAAGUUCUUCUUCAACGAGCGUGGUGAGUGCUCGCACAAAACUUAGUGUGUUUUUAGGUAACAGUUAAGGGAUAGAGAGGCUCUGUGUUGUACUCUCAGUUGUAGUCAGAAAUUGAGCUAUUUCGUCUUCGGAUAGCCGUGAAAGGUAUUGUUUUAGUUCUCUUAUGCCCAUGAAGCCUCGUUUCCACGCAAAUAUACCAUCGAUCGACCUCGUUUUCAAGCAAAUAUGACAUCGACUCCAUGAUGUAUUGCUUGCAUCCAAAUAUGGUAAGCGCUGGUCGGUUGUGAAGAAUUAUUAGAAGUUUAAAAUACUUUGAAUGAACAGUAAACUGCAUUCUACAACCUUUUCAAAAUGAAUGCCACUUUUUUCCCUGCAUUGUCAUUUAACAGUGGUAUUUGUUUUAGGGAUCAGCAGCAGAAGCCUCAGUCAACACCGUUAGCUUCAAGCCUGCAAAGAAACGUGUUGCACAUGUGUCAAAGAACACCACCCCAGCUGGAUCUUUGCCGAGACCUAGAAUUCCCAUAGAAUAUGGUGCUAAGGUACCUCAAAACAAAAGACAGAGGUAUCUUGACAGGAUUGUUGAUGAGUGUCUAAGAAUCUAUCCCACCGAAAAAGAAGCAUUUGAAAAGGUAACUUUGCUUUGAUGGUAGUUGCAGGCGACAAAAGGAGCCCGCAAUCCUAAUCUCCAAGUUGUUAUUACGCAUGCGUCGCAUGUAUGUAGCCAGCAUUCGUUUGGAUGAGCGCACUUUCAUUACGCGCGUUUGGACCUUCUAUCACUCAUAAUCUGAUCACGCGUGUUUUUGGUAGUGAAAGGGUUUCAAAAGACGGUCGAAGUGAGAGACCGUAAAACGUCAAUUCCAUUUAUUUACUAUUUGGUAACUUGCUUUCCAGGCUGUGGAAGAGGAGCAAGCCUUGUACGAACGGAGCACCAGGCGGCAGGUUUACUUGAAUCUCUGUGUGAAUGCAAUAAAGAAACUUCGAGAGAUGAAGCCACAGGAGCUGCCAGUCACCUCACCUGUCGAAACCGAGACUAUUGCGCGAGUAGCUGUCACCAAGACUCUGCCAUCAGGAGCAGUAGUGAUCAGCACAAAGAGUCCAGCAAAACAAGAUCAGCCGGUUACCACAGCGUCAAACGAUCUAACAGGUGUCAGCUUUGACUUUACUUAUUUAUUUGCUUGCUUUUUAAGAGUGAUUUUCUUGUUUAUUUAUAGAAUGAUGAUGUGAACUGCUCCCAAUGUAUGGGUCUUCAUAGCUCAGUUGGUUGGAGCACUGCAUCGCUAACGCAGAGGCCAUGGGUUUGAAUCCCGUUGAAGUUCCGAAAUCUUUUCCGGAUUAAUUUGCAAUUACCACUGCGACAUCAUAUCUUCAUUUACAUUUGUUUACUUUUUCUAUGGGUGUCUGUCAGUUGUAGUAAUUGGUAGAAAUGCGCUUUGCUAAAGAAGUUGUCCUCAUAGCUUUGUUUACUGUUGGUUUUCCUCAACACACAUUCCCCUGGUUGUACCAGGGCUCAUGAAUCAUGACCCCAGGUCAAAAUCGGUGACAUGUACUUAAGUUAUAUUACUUUUUAUGCCCUUUUUAGUGUAUUUGUUUAGUGAAUUUUAGUGUAUUCUUUCAUUCAACCACUGAAAUCAAAGAACCCUUGAUUCAAGAGCCCGCGUAGCACUUGGAAUAAAAAAGGCUUUUAUAAGGGUAACACAAAUUAUUAUGAUAUUAAAACCAGUAGUUUGGAUUGUGGGCAAGAAGGAGGUUAAGAAUUUUACCUGGCCGGAGGCAAACCAUUUAGCUAUUUACGAGCGCGAUAUUGUAUUGUAUUGUAUUGUAAGCUGCACUCAGGACUAUCAAGAAGAACUCCAGGUAGCGUUAUUCGCGUUAUUAUUAUUAUUAUUAUGUUUAGGGAGGGGAUUGAAGUCGGGGCAUGCGGAUUUCAAUUCCAACACUCUAACCAAUCGGCCACGUUGCCUCCGUAUGAGGCAACACGUCACUUCAAGCAAAGUUUUUUUUUUUUUUUUUUGAAACGACGUUUUUAUGGACGUGGCCGUUGUCGGAUCGUAAGAUCCCGUUUUACGUUUACGUUCAACCUUUCAUAUUACCUUCACGGAUUUAAUUUUCGCACGUAAUUUUACUUGCGUGCGCAUGUAAACAUUUUAGUCAUUAGUUUAGACGGUUCAGCUAUCAAACAGGUAGAAUUAGCCAGAUUCUUAGGAGUUCAUAUAGACGGAAAUGUUAACUGGAAAAGUCAAAUAAGUCAUGUUUGCAGCAAAAUUGCUCAAAUUCCGGUAUACUUUGUCGCGUUGCUAUGCAAGGUCCGUGCUACGCAUUGAUCUAUCGAUAUAAGUUAUGGAAUCAUUGCAUGGGGAAACACAAACACGACAAGACUAGAACCAAUAAGAAGGCUUCAAAAGAAAAUUAUAAGGAUCAUCUCUUCUUCAAAAUUUAAAUAACACACUGGUCCUAUAUAUAGAUUAAGCCAGAGCUAAAAGCGAAGCUCUCGUUACUGUAUUUAAAAUUUACUCACGCAAAAAAUAGUCGUGUAAAUAUGCUAGUCAAAACGGCGACGGCAUUGAGAACGGCUAAAAAACAACAACAACGACGACGACGAUAGGUCUAAUUAGCAAAAAAUCAGUAUUGCAGGUGCAGCGUACUUUUUUUUGGACUUUUCUUUGCCGUUGUUGUUGCACGACCACAGUGUGAAACUUUCUAGGUACAUGUUUCACGAAGGAAAUGUCGUAUGUUCUGACCAAAAAAUUGGCUGCUUGGCUUCCUUUUCGCUUUCUUUUUCAAUGCCGCGCAUGUUCAGUUUACUGGCCACUAACAUUUCUCAUUUUCUCACCACCGCUAUAAAAUUUUUAUGUUUUGUUUCUAACGAAAUUUGUCUUCUUUGUUUGUUUGUUUUUAUCUCUCGCUCUAGCUCUUUCUCUGUUAUCCGCGUGAGCCUGGUCGAAAAUGAGACUGGCGCGGCUUUGUUUUGUUUUUUUUUUGUAUUUUUUUUCCGUCUAAAAGUCCGUAACAUGGACGUCUAUCAUCAAGAAACAGUACACCGUCAGGUUGCACGCAGGUUCGACUCAUAUUAAAAAGUCAUUUCACAGUGGUUAUACUGUGGUGCGGACGGAGCGCUUACGGUCACGUCACUACCAAAAUUUAGGGUCUAUCCUCCCGAAGGGGAUUGCUGAGAGGUGCUGCCCAGGUAUAAUUAUUCUAUGAUUCAGUCUGUGAAAGGGCAAAUAAAUAACUGCCAAAAUGACGAUGACAGUGUUUUAGUUAGUGUCAUUUGAGUUUCGAUGAUUUUUGUUUUGAGUUUGAAAUCUACAAGAGCUCAGCGGAGUGACUUUCAGUAUUUCAAGGAGAUCUGAAUUUUUCAUGAGUCAUGACCAUUGCAUUUCACUGCAUUUGGGUAAAGCGGUCUUCCUGCAAAAAAUAUGUAGCCAAUCCAUUUUUAAUAGGGAUUUCCUAGACUUGCCCAGAAGUGGAGCUCAAACUUUUUCUCGAGCGCAUAGCGUAAGCUAGAAAUUUUUUAUGUUUUCGGUGGAAAAGCGAGCGGGAAAGCGGGGAAAGCUGACGGACCUACUUACCGGAACCGGAAACGAGAAGCGAAUGUCUUUGGAGAAAUCAGAGAAUCUCUCUCCAGUCCUCCUCCCGCUUCGGAAUCCCAAGAUGGCGGCUCAACCUGUUUCGAGAGUUCUGUUUCGCACUUCUUCGAAAAAUGUCUUCUUCUGCAAGCAACUGGCAUUGUGGCAUUCAAAAUUGUUUUAACAUACUUUUCAUGAAAUAUUGAAGUUAAGCAGAGUAAUUGAGAAUACACUACAAUGCCUCUACGGCCUCUGGCUGCCUUAGAAGAACUUUCACUUUGUGUUGAUCUCAAGGACCAAGCUCUAGACGAGUGCGGCUAUUUCUUCAGCAGCCAUGCCUUUAUGGAUGAUUGAUUUUGACGCGGUGUUUUACUGCUUCGUUUUAGCGGUUCUCUUCUUAUCUUUUGUGCUGUUUUCGCACGCUGUGUAUAAGUUUAAGGAAGAAAGAAAGAGUGUAUCAUCAAGCAAUAGAACACGUUUGAAAAUUACAGGUUUGAUACAUGGUUUGAUUUGCGCAGUUUUAUAAAUUGCUAUUUUUGGCGCGGCGAUGGGGAGUGUCCAACAAUGUGCAAGUCUUUACGAUCUUUGAUCACUACAUUGUACUAUAAACAUAUUUAAGUACCUGCCGUUGCUAGAUCUAGAAAGGCUGGAUAAGUGGCUAUCACUGCAGUCUAUCAUACCACAGGUUACCCAGGUUCUGUAGGAACCUGUAAAGCCUGGUUUUCACUGGCACAAAAGCAUAAGCAUAGGGGCAUAAACAAGAUAGCGGAAGAAGCAUCAUUCUUCGUUCAUUCUUCUUGUGCUUAUAAGCAUAAGCACAAGAAGAAUGAACAUGUCCGUUUUUCUUGUGCUUAUGCUUACUGUGUGUUUCCGGUAUUUUCACUUGCUUACACAAGUGCUUGUGCUUGUGCUUACGCUUGUGCAGUAGUGAAAACCAGGCUUAAAAGUGCAGUGUUUGCAUGGGGUAAAUUUACAAUCCCAAAAUUUUUAGGAAACACCAAAUAAAAGCAGGAAAUAUCAAAUCAAAGUUAACAAGACUUGUCAUUACUGUAGUCUGAGUUGUUUGCAACUUUCAUUAACCAUUCAACAGUUCAACAGUAAUUCAAUUCCCAUUGUAUGAACAUCCUCAGGACCAUAGUAGAAGAAGGUCAUUUCUGUCCAAUGCCUAUAUCAUUAUUUGUUUAUUGUAUUCUUCGCUGGGGAUUUAGAAGCCUAGACAAAAGGUGUCCACAAAGUGAGAGUCAACUCUAGGAGGGGUGGGGGGGGGGGGGGGUUGGUUAAAAGAAUUUUUGGGGGGGGGGUUACCCCCAAACCAGGGAACUUGGGAACCUUUAAACAGGUGUAAAAUGUAGUCAGGCGAAUUUUUCUACCCCUUGUCAAAAGAAAACCCCCAAAACCCCCCCCUUCCCAGCGCCACUUUUUUUUUGAAAACACCUCUCGUNGUGAGUGAUAGUCCCCGGGUUUCCUAGUCUAGACUAAAAUCUUGAGCCACUUGAUCAGUUUCUUUAACAUAUAAUUAUUUAUAGACCCAAACUCUAUAAUUGUUAUACCCUAUUCCAGACUAAACUGCUUUAUUUCAUAUCAUAUAUACAUGUUCCUAUGUAGCCCAUAUGUGGUAGUAUCCCUCCCCCUUCCAGGUGUCAACUGUACCCAUGAGGAGGAGGCACCGUGGCCAGGUGGUUAGAGCGCCGGACUGGCAACUUGGAGGCCCUGAAUUCAAAGUCCCGCUCUUACCGUUAGCUGGGUUUGUUCAUGGUAGUCCUAAGUUCAAAUCCUUGGCCAUGCUUGUAAGUAGCCAGCUAGUUUGCCUCUGGCCAGUUUGGAUUCUUAACCCUGUUAAGUUCAAUUGAAUUCUUUGUUUCAGGCAUUUGCUCUGGCCCACUAGUGUUAGUGCUAUAAAUACUGCCGAGGGUAAAUGACAGGAUUAUUAUAUUAUUACUCAUGCAAGGGACUGAAGCUGAAGCAUUGUGUUAUUAUUAAAUGUUUUGGUUUAUUUUACAUUUACAGAAGAGUUGAUGUAUGACUUUCUAUCCAAGUACCUGAUGAGCGAGGAAGAUUUAGUUGAAAAUGGCUAUCCUCGGCCUUGCCAGUCAACCCCAGGAAAAGCAGUUUUCAAAGCUAAUAAGGAGUCACCUUCUAAAGACUGUAAGACAUAGAGUUUUUAUGCUCUGAACGGUCAACAUGGUUAAGGAUGCUUUAAUUUGACCAUGUGAAAAAGUUAAAGCAUAUUUGACAAUAUUAGUGUCUAGUGGACAAGUGCUGACUGUUGUUCUGACAUCUCUAAUAACUUUGAUUCUUUAGCAUCAAGGAGGAUAUGUUGUCGCUGUGGUAAGCCCUAUGUUGUCCUUGAAGAUGGAGAGUAUUUAAGAAAAGAAGACUGUAUUUAUCAUGGUGGAAAACUAUAUCGGAGAAGAGGUAACUAACGGCCACUCAAAUUGCUUUUUGGAUAAAACCUAUUAGAUUAGCCUUGUAUGAUAUAAAAUGAAAAAGGAAUCUUGGGCUGUACACCACUAUUAGAUUAUGUACCAGUAGAGUUGGAUUAAUGAGUGAAGGGGACGUUUAUACUCAAGAUUAGAAAGAAGUGUUUCCGGUGCCAAGCAUUAACUAGAAUUGCUUGUAAUAAAAUACACUUACCAUACUUACAGUGUGUUUUAAUAAAACAAUGUAACUGAAAGGUUCCCAGCAACUUGAAGAUAUUGAACCAGUAUGAUUCUGUUAUUUUACUCAGGGGAACAGAGUUAUUCAUGCUGUCAGGGAGAUGCAGGCAGUCCUGGCUGCUGUGUUGGAAAGGUAAGACUUGACGUUGUUUUCCUGAUAUUUCUCAAAGAAGAGCUAUAAAGGCGGGCAUAAAUAGUGCUAUGCUCACAUUGAUAAUAGAACAUCCUCACGUGUUUGGCCUGCAUCUAUGCAAGUAUAAAUAGUGCCAUACUCACAUUGAUAAUAGAACAUUUUCACUUGCGUGGUCUGCAUGUAUGGAAGUUUAUUCUAACAAGAGAAAGCAUUCAUGUAAGAAACAAGUCCAACUUCCACAGGAUUGGUUUUGAACACCAACAUAACCACUAUCUUAUUGGUUUUGAAUGCCAAUAUGACUGUGCCAUUGCUCUAUUGUAGUGAAACACUUGUGAAGGCAAAACCACAACGACAAUCUAGAGAGGGUCAGCCGGAUCUUUAGUAGACCUGGAUCAGAGAAAUCUUGAGUACCAAAUUUUAAAAUUAAAACAGUAAACUGAUCCUUAAGACAGGAGGAGUGAUGGAAAAAAUUAUAGAAGUAAAAGAGAAAUAAAGUAGUGAAUUACAUUUCCCUGAUAUUUCAGUUUGCAACACAAACCUUCAAUGGGGGCUAUAAAAGAAAAAAAAAUAAACUAGAUACAAGUUAGAUGAACAUUACAUAUGCUAGAUUUGAAUACAUAGCACACAUGCACAGGGAGCCAAAAAGUAAAUGUUAAUGGUAGACAGGGAGCCCAAAGAAGGACAUUUUUCAUAUAAGCGACAAACCAUCUCACUAAAAUAAAGGAUAACUUUUAAUUCAGUAUUUACUAUUUUGCAGUAGGUAUGCUCUUGUACAAACUGUAUGCUGCCAUUUGUUCACAGUACACUGUAUAAACAAAACACAAAACCGUCACUACAGGCUGUUUAAUCAACAAUAGUAGCUAUGUUGAGUUGUCCAGUGUGUAUUUUGCUGUUCUGCUACUGGUAACUCAGUUGUUUCUUGUUUAAACUUUUUAAGGUUCAUGUUAGUGAUGGUAAAGGAAACACUGAUGGCUUUAUGACAACAAUAAGAAGUCCCCUGUCUGAUCAUAGAAAGGUCUAUGCCAUGGAUUGUGAAAUGGUACAAGUAUUGUUCACUACUCUCUUGAGCUACCCUCAGUUUUUUUUAUUUUUAUGCAACUGUUUGAAAGUCAUUAGUCAUGAUUCACUCAGCCAUAAAAAGAUUAAAUAUAAUUUAUACUGAUCUACUUGGCUGAGCUGACUUUUUAUGGAUAGUGAACUGGAGAGGUAAUAAUUAUCACAGUCAAACCUGUAUUUAUAAGUGAACCUGUAUUAAUCAGUCACCCUCGUUUGAGCUAUCACUUACCAAAGUCUCGGAAAUCAUUUCACUUUUCAAUCAUUUUAAUUUUAAUUAUUAUGUGAUCAAUGGUAUAAUGAAGUGGUUACCUCCCUUAAGCAGUCAGGGUCACCUUUUCUAACAACAUUUACUUACUUUUUUAUUGUCUUUACCUCUGUUACAAGAUAAACAGUUGCUUUGACAAGAUAUACCCUGCUAGUGCAACAGAUACUUUGUACACUGUGUAUAGGCAUUCAGUGGUCCUUUACUUCCUUUCUUUUGAUCCAAGAAGAGGUAGAGACCCUCUGAGGUCAACUUGUCGUGUGAUCGAUUUUUUUUUCCUACACCAUCUUCAUUUUCUUGAAUAACUCGCAGGUUCAGGGGUCAAACCUGUAUGAAGUGGUCAAUAAACCAUUCGUCAAGUGUGAUGGCGUAAUAAAGGUUUGACUGUAUGCCCAAAAAUUCUUCUGCACUAAAAUUAACCCAACUCAAAGAAUCCCAUCGGCCAAAAAAUAGCUCAAACGUUAAUUAUAUGUACUUUACAUAGAUCUGUAAAGGCAACAUAUAUAAGUGGACAAGUAAAAUGUUUAGACUUAAUAAUUCUGUUGAAAGUCCUCCUUGGCUCUGGGUUUUAGUGGGGAAUAUAACAAAAGAAACUAAUUUUGUCGACUUUGAACCUCAAAUGAAUGUGAAUUCUUUUGUUUAAUUACACCCAGUAUUGGCAUUAAGAUUUUAUUUUUAGUCAGUAUACAGUCAAACCCAGUUAAGGUCCAUAGAACGUGUCUGUAUUAACACUGUUUCCAUUUUAAACGAAUCAUGUUUCUGACGUCAAAAAUACACAUCACCNUACCCUGCUAGUGCAACAGAUACUUUGUACACUGUGUAUAGGCAUUCAGUGGUCCUUUACUUCCUUUCUUUUGAUCCAAGAAGAGGUAGAGACCCUCUGAGGUCAACUUGUCGUGUGAUCGAUUUUUUUUUUCCUACACCAUCUUCAUUUUCUUGAAUAACUCGCAGGUUCAGGGGUCAAACCUGUAUGAAGUGGUCAAUAAACCAUUCGUCAAGGGUGAUGGCGUAAUGAAGGUUUGACUGUAUGCCCAAAAAUUCUUCUGCACUAAAAUUAACCCAACUCAAAGAAUCCCAUCGGCCAAAAAAUAGCUCAAACGUUAAUUAUAUGUACUUUACAUAGAUCUGUAAAGGCAACAUAUAUAAGUGGACAAGUAAAAUGUUUAGACUUAAUAAUUCUGUUGAAAGUCCUCCUUGGCUCUGGGUUUUAGUGGGGAAUAUAACAAAAGAAACUAAUUUUGUCGACUUUGAACCUCAAAUGAAUGUGAAUUCUUUUGUUUAAUUACACCCAGUAUUGGCAUUAAGAUUUUAUUUUUAGUCAGUAUACAGUCAAACCCAGUUAAGGUCCAUAGAACGUGUCUGUAUUAACACUGUUUCCAUUUUAAACGAAUCAUGUUUCUGACGUCAAAAAUACACAUCACCUAUUAUCUGAACAAAAUACUAAAGAAAUAAACCAGCACGUUGUAUCGUGAAAUUAAACACCUCUAACAUUCCCAAAGCCGAUUUGAUUUAAGAAUGAUAAUUCUAAUGCAUGUAAUUAUUUUCAACUCCCCGGUAAUGAGGUGUGUCCGUAUUAAGCAACCGUCCAUAAAGUAGAGUUCAACUUUUUAUUUAAAAUGGUCUUUUAUUUGAUUUAAGAAUAAAAAUUCUUAUAGAUGGCAUAAUUUUCAACUCCCUACCAAAGGCCCUACAGAAAUAUUUCACACAAUACUACAAACGUCUUGAAAUCACAAAUUUCCAGUCAAGCCAGGUCAAGCCUACAACCCAAAAUGCCAUCAAUGGAUUUAUUGUUCGAAAGUUGAUCCGUUCUAAAGUAGAUUUCACAUUCGUUCCUGCAUUCUUGCGUGAGUAAGGAGCGGGGAAUUCCACGCGACGUAGUUAUGGAAUUUCUACCGGUUCAGUAUUCUUGAAUUUGGUGCAAAGCCUUCAAAGCAGUAUUGUCCAUUCAAAGUUUUUUCUGUCUGACAGAAUACAGAGAAGUUAUUGUAAAAUACUCACUCCUCAUUACGCAUGCAGGAAUGCAGAUUUGAAUUUGAUACUGGUUGCGGCAACGACUAACGCCGGAUUCAUUUUUCAACUAAGUGAUUCAUUAAUGGAAUCUUGGGGGAUACGCUUGACCCCGCUUGACUGUAACUGGCCUUGCAACUUUCUUGUCACUUCUUGGCUACCUCCAAGGUCCCUAGAUUCCAGUUAUGGCGAUCAAAAUUCUAAGUCAUCUACUGUCCAUUGUUGAAAGUGCGUUGAAGCUUUACAACAACAAUUGUUCUAACAAACUGUUAAAUUAUUGUUGAUAGUGUUACACCACUGCUGGACUUGAGCUAACUCGGAUUACAGUGGUAAACUGGAAUUUAGAAGGAGUCUAUGAUACAUUUGUUAGGCCUGAAAGACCCAUUGUUGACUACAAUACAAGGUAGUUGAAUUAAUUAUUCCUUACGCUCAGCCUCUUCUUUUUACAUCGACAAUCAAUGGCUGAUCAUUUCCCUUAAAUUUUCACAGCAGUUCCUCUCUUUUGACGCUUGCAUUUGUCAGCUUUACAGUCUCAUGGCUGAAUAUAUGACAGAACGCCAUUACUGGUAGUUUGUCCAAUUGAAAUUUAAAUUCUGAGGAACUUCUGAGGAAUUGUAAAUAGUUUUCCAAAGUGUUGUUAAAUUGUCCAAAUACUGCCUAAGGUUGGCUUUGUUCUCCCCUACCCUUCACUCUGUCAACAAAAUUCGUGGCUGAAAUAUUGAUUUUCUGUAAAAUGCUCUUUGUUAGG